GGUUCUGAUCUACAUAAGAUAGGGCGUAGGCGGCAAUGCCCCGACGUUUCGCCAAUUCCAGGACACCCACAACGACUUCCGCACCAUGCGCAUCAAUAGCAACGACUUCCUAGAGAAGCUGGACUUUAUACUUCCGGAGCAGUACUAUGACGAUACUGGAACGCCCACGGAGGAUCUUCCCAUCGACAAAUAUGCCGACAUUGAAAAUCUCGUGAGGGAUACAUCUCCUACAGCGAGAUGCGGGAAGCCAGAGAAGCCGCGAGAGCAAUGGCUGUAUCUGACAGACUAUGGCUCUCGUUACUUCGAAUGGGACGAGGACUUUCGCGACGCAGUACAGUUUGCACAGGGUGAUCUUAAGCUCAAUCAGACCGGGUUGUACUUUGCACAAUGCGGGCGUAGUGCAAAGUUUCUCUGUGGUGUUUGGAAUACAAGGAAACCAGCUCUGGUCCAUUUCCUCGUGGAAGACUACCCUCUCGAUGCGUUGGAGACGGAGGAAAAGGGCUUCUCGUAUGCAGGCGAUAUGCGCUAUCUGCGGCCUGUCACUGUUCGCAUCAUCGAGUUUCCACUCGAAGGUCAAUAUACCGGUCUGCCCUGGACAACAUUUCCCAGCAACGAACACAAAUGCUAUCCAUCAUGACUGGAGAUCAUUUGUACGAGCAAUUCGAGCCAUACGACCCCUUACAGCAGAU